GAACACUCCCUCGUGACGCUCUCUUGUGUCGAAGUUUCAGUUAAUCGGCGUUGGUUGUGUUAGAAACUUGCGUCCUGCUGCUUGAUAAGCCGUGGAAGUGCUCAAAAUGCUGAAGAUCUUACUAAUUUCCUUGAUUGGGGUUGCUUCUGCUGUUAACUUUCUUGAUUUCGGAAAUGGGUUGAAAAAAUUAACGCACAAUCGCAUCGUAGAGCACUUUGGAGUGGACGCUGUGGACAAGGGAAAGGUUGAAGCUCUUCCUGUUGAAGACAAAAUCAAAAGCUUCCUCAAGAAGAUAGACAGCCUUUUUAACCAGUCCCCAGUGCAAAUCAAAUCAGGGCAGAAACUGAAACUUGGAAAAUAUUUGUUCCAAAACUGCUCAGCAGCAGAAGGCGAGAAAGCCACAUUUAUAGUCCGGUCAUUGACAGUUUCUCCUGAUCCUGCAGUACUUCCAGGCACAUUAACCAUUCAGUUUGACAUCAACAAUCUGCUGGACAUAACCAAACUGGAGAUAAAUGUAGAGAUGUAUCGCACCAGUGGUGGAACUACAGUGAAGCUUCCAUGUUUCGGGGAGUUGUUUGGCUCCUGUGACUAUGGCAAUGUCUGUGAUUUGUUGUCUGCCAUUACUGAAUGCCCAGAUCCAUUUAUUCAGUACAAUAUUCCCUGCAAAUGUCCAGUACCAAAGGGUACCUAUGUGAUGCCAGAAUUGUCUGUAGAUAUUGAUGCCGAGGUUUUGAUAUCAGGAGAUUACAAUGUUACUGCUCAUAUGUUCAACACAAAAGGAGGGGACUUCGUUGGGUGCUACAAUUUGCAGUUCACUCUUGAGGAUUAACUGCAUGAAAACUGGCAAUGUAUAGACAGACUGGUUUAAUUUGCGUUUGCUUUUUUCUGUUAAUAGCACUUUUAAUUUGCUCAAAAGAUGAUGCUCCAUAGCUUGUCAUAGACAUAGAUUUUCUUUAUUGGGAUAUAACUAAAUGUUCACAUUAGGCAAACAGAUUGUGAAUAUUCCAUCAUUAAUUUUGGUCUAUCUAGCAAGUGUCUGCAUCUGAUGGUGUUCAAGUUAAGUGUUGUGUAUUUGCUCUUCUGUGAUAACUGAGUGCUAAACAGAAUAUUUUUCAUUGAUUCCAUUCUAGUCCUCACAUAUAUCCAUCAGUAAAGCAUUUAGUAAGAGCUUUUCCAUCAUUGACAUUUCAAGCAGUGAAAUCCAGGAGUGUUUGUGAUGAUGACUGCAAAAGUAUUUUCGUUCACAAUUUGUUUCAAUCAUUCUUUAAUAUCAUUUGCACAUUUUUCUCAUAGGAUAAACUUGUUUUCAGAAGUUUUGAUAUAUGACAAAGCAUACAUCUCUUUUGCAUGUAAACUUACAUGAGUUGAUCUUGCUAAGUGCAAAUGAUCUCAAUAUUUGCAAGAAAAAAUGAAGGGGCAGCAGCUAUUGCUAACUUGUACUUGAGGCUCUGAAUCUAAACAUUCCAUAAACUUGCAGUAAGAUGUUAAUAUUCUUAAAGAGAAGCUUGCACUUGAUUAUUUGUACCAAAGUUAACUUCAUGUUCCUGCAAUAGUGAGCACAUAACAUGUCUGUCAUAACUUUUUGUCUUUGAGCAUGUCUUUUUUAUUAUCUGCUUGGAUUUUUUUCUUUUAUAAUUUUUCUCAAUAAAAAGGAUAUAAACAUUUUUUCUGUGUGCUUAGCCAUUACGGUGAUGUAAUCUGAUGCCUAUUUUUUAUCUUUUGGAAGAAGAAAUUCUGAUUUGCUUUUGUUUUUUAGUUGUUUUUAAGCUCUUUAUGAGAUCUUAAAACUACAUUUAUCAGCAAGUAAUCUCCAGGAUGGUGUCUAAGUCAUUUUAUCUACAUGUUUUGGAUAUUAUCAUUCAAUUUAUCUAUGUAAUUCAUGACAAACUACAACAAACAGUGUUUUUGUAAGUUAUAAAGGGUUGUAAACAGUUAUUUUGAAGUUGUUGUUAGAAUUAUUUUUCUGUUCAGCUUUUCCAUUGGUUAUGCCAAAAAGUGAUAGAGAAAGCAAAAAGGAGAAAGUAAAAUGCUUUGAAUUAAACUAAAGAUAAGUAGUCUUUCUCAGAUUGUGACUAAGGUAUAUUUAAAGCUGUGUGGUACCCAGCAUGCUUGUGAAUGCUGUAUUCUAAUUAUGGCAGCUUAAUUUAACCAGAUCUUAUUGUUAAUGGCAAGCCUACAUUAAAUGGAUUUUAUUUUCAUUUAAAAAGCUACUUCUUUUUAUUAAUGUACGUUAUAAUGAGAAUGUUGCUGUUUUUUUCAUACACAAAGCUGGUUAUCACAUUGAAGUUUUUGCAUUUUCAAUAAAGAUUUGAGUUUAUA